AUGCUCUUCUGUCCAACAUGCGCCAACUGCCUGAUCAUCCAACUCGAUGAUCACGGGAAUAACAAAUGGUCCUGUCAUACCUGCCCAUACGAGUUCCCCAUCAUCCAACAAAUGACUACACGUCAACAUCUCAAGCGCAAAGAGGUCGACGAUGUGAUGGGUGGAGAGGAGAGUUGGAAGAAUGUCGAUUCAAUUGAUGCUCCGUGUCCGAAGUGCGAGAAUCCGAAAGCGUUCUUCAUGCAGUUGCAGAUCCGGUCUGCUGACGAACCAAUGACGACCUUCUACCGUUGUACGAAUGGGCAAUGUGCUUAUCAGUGGAGAGAAAACUAG